CCCCCACCUCCGCAUGAAUCAAAGUAGACAAGGAAGAAGAAGAAAAAAUCCUGAAUAUAUAAGCGACCUGAUUGGUGUGGGAAUUAUCUACGCUAGUUAAUCAGACGGUCGAUAUCUGAUUUUCAUAUUGUAUAAUUAACUUAUUCUCUUCUACUGCUUCGAAAUCAGCCCCCACGAGAAAGUGUUUUUCUCCCUAUGCCCGCGACACGACCGUCCAUCGCAAGAUAGGCAAACCCGCCGCCAUCUUGCAUCACUAGUGGAACUGCUCGGUCCUCUACUCCUAUCGCCACUGCUGCUCCAAGUUCAUCUUCUGAGCAUCUCUCAAAUCCCUCCCCCUCUUCUCUCGCUGCUUUUUGCAUUUCUAGACAGUGAGGAACGAUCUUGACGGGCGCCAUGGCCCGUAUAUCGCCCACUGUCAUCCUCGCCGCAGCGACGGUCAUCGCAGUACUCAGUAGCGGCGUUGGGGCAUCGUCUAUCGGAGAUCAUUCAGCCUCCAGCGCUUCUCCUACACCCUCCCCGUCUGCUACCAUGCAACAAUCCGCCCCCUACCCAGCUGCCUCGGAGUCCGGGGGGGAUGAUGAGGAUAAUGGAGAGUGCAGGCUCCUUGGUCCUUUCUCGCUGCUGGUACAAGCCGCACUCGGGGCCCUGGCGCUCUUAUCGCUGGUCUACAAGCGCUGGAGGGAGAGACCCCAACGACCGGUGAAGGUCUGGGCAUUCGAUGUUACGAAGCAAGUCUUCGGCUCGGCCAUGUUGCAUCUGGCCAAUCUCCUCAUGUCCAUGUUCUCGGCCGGCCAGUUUGAGAUCCAAAGCAAAUACAAGCCCAACCCAUGUUCGUUCUAUCUUCUGAACUUGGGAAUAGAUACCACUCUCGGUAUCCCCAUCUUGAUCUUCAUAUUACACGUCUUUAGCCGCCUCGCCAUGUUUACUCCCCUUGCGAAUCCGCCAGAGUCUAUUGAGUCUGGAAACUACGGUCGCCCGCCCCGCGCUUCCUGGUGGUUCAAACAGUCGAUGAUAUACUUCCUUGGAUUGCUAGGGAUGAAGAUAUGUGUCUUCUUCAUCAUUCAAUUGCUGCCUUUUAUCGUCAAGGUGGGCGAUUGGGCUCUACGGUGGACAGAGGGCAAUACCGCUGUCCAAAUCAUUUUCGUUAUGCUUCUUUUCCCGGUUAUCAUGAACGCCAUUCAGUAUUACAUCAUCGAUACCUUUAUCAAAAAGCCGCUCUCUCUACCACAGGGCACUGUGGAAGAGGAGAAUGGCGGUGACCGAGCAGCUGAACACGAUGACGAGCACCGUCGUGGACUGCUGGCCGGCCUGGAUGAUGAUGUUUCGUUCUCGGACGAUGAUUCAGUGGGUAAAGGUAGAAGGAGACCUGACUCGGGGAGCCCUACACCAGGUAAGGAAGAUCUCGUACGAUUUGACUCGGUGGAGUAUAAUCCCGUCGCUCAUGGCGAGUGCAGUUCAGCAUCGUCAGCGACGGUGUCGGCCAGGUCUGGAAGCGAUCGUGAUGGGCUCGGAGGAUCAUCUCCGUCGAUCGAGCCGAGUGGCCAACCAACAGAUACACUAUAAUGACUCUCCACUUACACACAUGCGAUCUUGCGGCGUUUGGUAUUUAUUCUUCUGAACUGUUUUUGAUCUAUGGUCCGUAAAGGCAUGGCGAUUACUUAUAUGCAUAUUGGUUGUGGCUGUACGAAUGGACGUGUACAUGAACCAUUUGCCAUGAUGGAGUUAUCUUGAAAUUUGUGCAAUCCUGUCCUGGCGAACUCUUAUUAGUUUUUGUGAUCCCUUGCCUAUUUUGUAGGUGCCUGAAAUUCAAGGCUAUGAGAAGGGUCGGUCCACCGCAGUGCUCACCGCCCGCAACUGCCGGCCCAAGCGAAAGAAAAUUAUUGUCCGGCGGCGGGCAUCGCAUCUGCAAUUCUAC